ACUUUCUUCAUAUAAAAAAAGAACCCUGCCCCAGCUGCACAGUCAACACCACAAAUAUUUUUAAAUUAAACUCAGCCCUCCCUCCCCCAUUCUUACUUUUGGGGUUUCGUACCUCGUUGUAAGUGGGCACUUAUAAGUAAUGGCCCUGAAGCGAGCAGGAGCGACGCUGGUGGUGCAGACUGGCCAAUUGUGGCGACGACCUCUGACUCUCAGUUCACCUGUCCUCGCUAAGGAUAUCGACACUCAAGUAACACACACAGGACAGAAAUUUGAAAAUGACGACUAUCGUCUCGUCCGUUUCGAGGGGAAGAGUAAGCACGUAAACAAGAAAUUCGCAAUUGACCUGAUUAACAGCGUCCCCCCAGCCAAACGGGAAGAUCGAGUAGUCUGUUGUGAUGGUGGUGGUGGGCCCUUGGGUCAUCCCAAAGUCUACAUUAACCUUGACCAGCCCGGCAACCAUAUUUGUGGUUAUUGCGGACUCCGUUUUACAAAGCCGGAACAUCAUCACUAAUAAAAGUUCAUGUGUUUGCCUCUCAUUAAAUGGAGUUAAUAUUCUAUUCUUAGUCGUGUAAAGUCAAAGUUAACAAAAUUGUAGGUGUAAGUAAAUACAAAUAAAUAAAACUAAAACAUCUAUAGUGAAA